AUAUCUUUCUUGUCUGCAUUUGAAGACUUCGUGGUAAAGGCCUCCCGUUUUUCUCAUCUUAGAACCGAUUUCUAAAGUUUCUCCACUCUUAGCUUUGGAUCAGAUUUGACUACUGUAGCUUUAAAAAAAAGGGAUUUUGUUGAUCUGAGUUUCUUUCUCUUUUUCCCCCCUUUCAUGUAAAAGUUUUGCUGAGAAAUGGACCAAACAAUUGAGCGGUCUCCUGAUGCACACAGGGGAUUCAGAGUUCAAGCUCCACUGGUUGAUUCAUUCUCCUGUUAUUGCAAGGUCGACUCAGGCUUGAGAACUGUUGCUGGUGUGAGUAAAUUUGUACCCGGUUCAAAACUUUGUAUCCAGCCUGACAUCAAUCCUCGUGCACACAAGAGAAAAAGCUCUCGCAGGGAGAGGUUGAGAGUGCAACCACCUCUUCUUCCCGGCCUUCCAGAUGAUCUUGCAAUUGCUUGUUUGAUACGUGUUCCCCGUGCCGAACAUAACAAGCUCCGUCUCGUAUGCAAAAGAUGGUAUCGACUUCUAGCUGGAAACUUUUUUUACUCUCUGAGGAAAAGUCUUGGAAUGGCAGAAGAGUGGGUCUAUGUCAUUAAAAGAGACCGUGAUGGACGCACUUCAUGGCAUGCAUUUGAUCCAACCUACCAACUCUGGCAGCCGCUUCCCCCUGUUCCAGGUGAGUACAGCGAGGCCCUUGGAUUCGGCUGUGCUGUCCUCAGUGGCUGCCACCUGUACUUGUUUGGAGGAAAAGAUCCCAAUAAGGGAUCCGUGAGGCGGGUUGUCUUUUACAGUGCUAGAACAAAUAAAUGGCACAGGGCCCCAGACAUGCUGCGCAAGAGACACUUCUUUGGGUCUUGUGUGAUCAAUAACUGCCUUUAUGUUGCUGGUGGGGAAUGCGAAGGGCUACGAAGAACUCUCUGUUCAGCAGAGGUAUAUGAUCCAAACAGGAACCGAUGGAGCUUCAUUGCUGAUAUGAGCACAGCCAUGGUCCCCUUUAUAGGGGUCGUUUAUGAUGGGAAGUGGUUCUUGAAAGGAUUGGGCUCCCAUAGAGAGGUCCAGUGCGAAGCUUAUGACUUGCAGACGAAUUCGUGGGGUCCGGUCAAUGAUGAGAUGGUUACGGGCUGGAGAAACCCAAGCAUCUGUAUGAAUGGGAGACUAUAUGCAUCAGACUGCCCGGACGGUUGCAAGCUUAAAGUGUACAACGAGUCUGAAAAUCGUUGGAACAGAUUUAUUGACAGCAAAGUUCAUCUUGGGAGCUCUCGCGCAUUAGAAGCUGCUGCACUGGUCCAACUUAACGGCAAACUCUGUAUAAUUCGGAACAACAUGAGCAUAAGCCUUGUGGAUGUUUCUAGUCCCACUACGAGAGUGGAGGAGAACCCCCGGCUUUGGGAGAAUAUCGCCGGAAAAGGUCACUUCAAAAACCUUUUCACUAACUUGUGGUCAAGCAUUGCAGGGGUGAAGAGUCAUAUUGUGCACUGCCAGGUGCUUCAAGCAUAGCAGUCCUGAGUUUCUGCAUAAGAACAAUGUUCUGUGUGAGAAGAGGGGUAACAUAGAUAUUUCAAAUUUUGUCAGAUUCAUAUGUGUGAAUAGGAACAUCUCUCUCAUAGCUUUGUACCUGUAUAUCACCUCUCAUCCAUAGGUGUUUGUAGCUGUAUUCUCUAUAGUGCCCUUUGUGAAUAUAAGUCUAUCUUUAGCUUAAUUCUCAACUUGCUUUGAAUAAUUUUGGACCCUUUUU